AAUGUUUGAAAGAAGCGGACAAUUGUGUCAAUAGUAUAGAAAUGAAGCGAAAUAUGACUUCAAUUAUAGUUCACAUCGAUUUAGACAUGUUUUUCGCCGCCGUUGAGACCAAACUCAAGCCCGAACUCAAAGGCAAACCCAUGGCUGUCGGCAGUGACCAGAUGUUGGCCACUAGUAAUUAUGAGGCGCGAAAAUUUGGGAUCAGACCUGGAAUGCCGGGCGCUUUGGCCAGACGUUUGUGUCCGCAACUGAUUCUAGUGAAACAUAGUUUUGGCAAUUAUCGUAGAGAAAGUGGACACGUGAUGGCAAUUAUCAAAGAAUUUGAUCCCAACCUGUAUUCAAUGAGUUUAGACGAGUGUUUUAUUGAUUUAACUGAUUAUGUGAUUGACAUGUAUUGUCAGCGAAACGAAAACUUUGACAAACAAUCUCUCAAAAGCUGUAAAGAAUUGCCCAUUUGUUUGUGGGAUUUGGCGGCAGAAGUGGUCACUAAUAUCAGGCAAAGAAUAUUAGAUGAAACACAAUUGAGUGCCAGCGCUGGCAUCGCAUGCAAUACAUUGAUAGCUAAAGUGUGCUCUGAUGUCAACAAACCUGACGGUCAGCACAUGAUUCGCGGCAAUAAGAAGGAGAUCGAGAAGUUCUUAGAGGACACUCCGAUCCGAAAGGUGAAUGGCAUCGGACCCGGAGCUAAAGUGUGCUCUGAUGUCAACAAACCUGACGGUCAGCACAUGAUUCGCGGCAAUAAGAAGGAGAUCGAGAAGUUCUUAGAGGACACUCCGAUCCGAAAGGUGAAUGGCAUCGGACCCGUUAGGGCACAGUUCCUGUCGGCUGUUGGUAUCAACACAUGUAAAGAUCUGUAUUACAAUCGCGACAAAAUUCGGUUCGCUUUCAGUCAAUUCAAUGCCGAGUAUUAUCUGAGGGUUGGCUUAGGAAUUGGUCGACAUGUCAUCGAGAGAGACGAAGAGCCGAGAAAAAGCGUUAGUUCCGAACGCACUGUCGCCGAAGUCAGUACUUUUGAAGCCAUUUGUGAUUAUUUCAGUGAAUUGAGUGAAGAGUUGGCCGAAGAUCUGAACUCAUCGAGAGAGACGAAGAGCCGAGAAAAAGCGUUAGUUCCGAACGCACUGUCGCCGAAUGAAUUGAGUGAAGAGUUGGCCGAAGAUCUGAACUCCAAAAACCAAAGCUGCAAAACGAUUACAAUUAAACUGAAGAAAAUCACUUUUAUAGUGACUCUCAAAUCUCAUACACUUCCGUACUAUACGUUUGAUUCGGAGACCAUUUUAAAUGUGGCCAAAAAUCUAUUGGAUACCGAACUGAAGAGCACUCCAAUCGAGUCACGCAAAUAUCGAUUAAUUGGUCUCAAAGUUUCCAAUUUAAAGUCUAAUGAAACCAAUCGUAAGACCUCUUCGUCGCAAAUGACUUUGUCUCAAAUAUACAGAGCGUUGAAAAGCAAUACUAAUACUGAGAUACUAAGCAAUACUAACAGCAAUAUUAAAAGCAAUACUAACACUAAUUCUGACAAACAAUUAGUUGAGAAAUCGGAAGAAGCAAAACGCGAUGAAAGCGAAUCCAACACUUCAGUCAAUGAUAACAAUGAUAGAAAUGAAAGCAAUUUUCAUUUCAACCAAAUGUAUGAUUCCUCUCAAUACGAGUGUUCGGUUUGUUUUGAAACAUUUCAACACAAGAAUGUGUUCGAAGACCACGAAAAUGCAUGCAUUGAAGAGAUGCUCGAAAUUUCCACAUCAGACCCCGAUAUAAGCAUCGAUUCCGAGCCAAACACUAGUUCUCACACCAAUUCUAGUCCUCAAACGAAUGAUGAAUCGAAAGAUAUAAACAAUUUGUGUCCCAUUUGUGGCACACAAUUGGUCCUUAAAGACAACGACGAAUUAAACGCUCACAUCGAUGUGUGCCUUAACAAAGACAAGUGCCUCGAGUUAACACAAGUCCCAUUACAGUCCACGACUCAUAACUCGACUCCUAAACAAAAGCCGUCAAAACGAUUAUAUUCUGACAGCAAAAUGAAUGGCAAACUUAGCCAGAAAUGUGAUACAAAGAAAACACGAAAACAGUCGUUAAAGUCACAAACGACUAUCGAUUCCUUCUUUAAUCGGUCCAAA